AUGUAUGAUGAAGUUGAUGACAGAAAUUUCUAUUGCUCUUGGUCUGUAAUGUCCGAAAGUCAGGUAUUCAGCUACAGUGGCAAGCAUGUUACAGCUUCUAAAGAUGGUGUUAUUCGUUUAUGGGAUGGUAUAACUGCCAAGUGUGCACGCUCCAUACCCGCACAUGGCACAGCAGAGGCAACCAGUGCAAACUUUACUAAGGAUCAAAGGUUUGUUCUCUCUUCUGGAAAGGAUUCCACCGUGAAACUUUGGGAAGUUGGCACUGGGAAACUGAUUAAGCAAUAUCUAGGAGCUACGCAUACUCAACUGCGGUGUCAGGCUGUUUUUAAUGAUACUGAAGAAUUUGUACUGUCCAUCGACGAACCAACCAAUGAGAUUGUUAUCUGGGAUGCUACGACAGCCAAAGUGGCAAAGUGGCCUUCCAAUCAUAUUGGUGCUUUCCGUUGGCUUGCGCACUUGCCAACGGAGGCAGCAUUUGUUACCUGUGGGACUGACAGAUCAAUCCGGUUCUGGAAGGAAAGUCUGUCAAGCCUGUAGAAAUCCGGCUGGCGACUUUCUUGAUGUGAAGAGUGUAGAUUGAUGAUCUGAGUUAGGAUUUUACUCCUCUCCCUUAAAACUAGAUGAGUUAAUAGAAUGUAACCCACAACAGAGGACCCCCAAUUUGACUGGUUCAGUUUGGUCAGUAAAAUAUUUUCAUUUUACUUUUUUAA